CUGCGAGGUGCGAACAGGCAGGUAGGUGGUUUAGUAUCUGGGACUCACAAGUACAUUGAUGUGUUUGGAAAACACAGUCUCGCCAUUACGUCUCGCAGACGUUGGAAUCGCAGCCACACGCCACAAUGCCGCACGUCACUGAGCUCGUCGAGAUGCAACUCACUCGCCCCUUCGAGGCCUUCCUGCCAUUCUUCGAGCGCGAGCAACUUCCUACCCUCCUCGCGGCUCCGGGCCUGGUUUCAGUGCGAACAGGACCCAAGCUGAACGACCCCAACUCCGCCAUCUCAAUUACUCUCUGGACCUCUCUCGCCGCGCACUCAGCCUUCCUCAGUAGCCCUGCGGCGGCUGCUUUCUUCCAGCGCAUGGAGACCUGGCUCAGCGGCCCUCCAGCAGUGCUGCACUACGAGGUGGGAGACUUGGCGGGCGUGGACGGGAGGGGCUACGUCAGGGUUUCAAAGGGAACGGCGAAGAAUGUCGAGAAGCUAGGCAAAGAGCUGAGCAAGACAGGCGUGUGCCUAGAGGACGGCUCGCAGGGUCUGUGUCUGGAUUUCUCGCAGACGCAGGACGGCAUUGGAGAGCGGGAUGGAGAAGAACGGGACGGCGGCUUCGUGGUGCACGUGCAGAGCUACGGACGAGCGGGGGCGCGAUCGGUGCUGUGAUCCUUCAUGCGAGGCGGACGCACAAUCCUCGCACUGCGGCUGCGUGGAGUCGGCACUGGUGCAGUGCGGCCCCGUUGCGGAAGUUCCGCGGCGCUACCAUCGUCCACGGAACGAGUCGACGCAUGCUCGCGCGAGCUAGAACCGCGUCUGAAGUAAGCGCUCAACAUAGAUAAACUGUCUUGGUCUAC